CGGAGCCGGGAGCGCGCGCCGGCUGCUGCUGCUGGAGGGUUGACGCCGUCCGCCGGAGGAGCGCGCCGACCGUCGCCGCCGCCGCCGCCAACUUUCGCGGGCGGGUGGUCGGGGGCAGCGGCUCUCGGCAGGCCGGCCGGCCGGCAACAUGGACCUCUCCUUCAUGGCCGCGCAGAUCCCUGUUAUGACAGGUGCCUUCAUGGAUUCGCCCAUCGACGAAUGCAACACCGACUUCUCUCUCUUUAAUUCCUCGACCAACGUGAAUGACGCACCCUCGGCUCCAAACCAGCUUGAGGAACCUGCCCCACCCUCCAACGAUGCCAUCUGGUUAUGGAUUGCGAUUAUAGCCACCAUCGGGAACAUUGUGGUGGUUGGCGUUGUAUAUGCCUUCACUUUUUAGGAGAAUCAGGCAACCUGGAGCAACUUUUCUCCCACCAGCCUGCCUCCAGGUUAGAGGAACACAGCUGGCAUCUAACCCAUCCCUUUUCUUAGUCUGCAUGCUCUUAUGGUGAUCAUGGCUAUGUGAUACACGUGUGCCUGGUCCCAGUCCCUCGACAAUCAACAAAUCUCAGCCUCUUUAACUUCCCGUCUCCAGGGAGCUGGUGUUAUUUAUCAGAUGACCUGUGGUCUACUAUCUUUCAAUGAAGAAGCCCUUAUGUAAAGAACAACAUAUUCAUCUAUUGAAAGGCCUCUCCUGAGGGAGUUCACAGUGCAGUGUUCAUCACUCAAGCAUUCAGCACAUUCAGAUUGGCCAAACAUUUGGUGACAGUGUCGAGUUUUGCUUAAAGAAUUAAGACACUGCGACAGGGUUACUUUUGAAAUACAAUAGUUUUUUUUUAAAUACAGGUCAACUUUACCCAGGGAAAAGAAGUGUGCUGGAAAUCUGAUUCGAAGUGCCACUUGGUUUUUAUUGAGGUCAACUUGGGUCCUGCCUCAUGGACAAUUCUUGGGUGUCUGUGGACAAUGAGAUGUAAUGGGGUCAAGUUAGAAAUGCCAAAAAAUGUUUGGGAGUUGGGGGAGAGCUUCUAAGUUUUGGUGAGUUUAGUUUUAUGCACCUGAAUCUCUUUGUAAACUGAAAGAAUGUUUCCACGCUGGUAAGAUUGGUCAGUCACUUUGUUUCUGAAGACUGUUUGGCUUUUGUUUGAGGGUUGGGCUUGUGAUCAAAGAGACAAUAGAGAUGCUAAAUCAGGCAGUACUGGGGGAACCGUAAAAUACAUUUCCACCAGGUUUCUCUCGAUUCCCCUCUCAGACAUCUGCAGAAGGUUGAGAGGAUCUCAGUGCCAUUAGUUGUUAAAUCAAAUGGCAAGUAGGAAUAAGUAUGAAGCUCCAACUAAAGUCUUGUGCAGAAUCGCUCUGCCAUUGCUGUAAGUACAAAUAUGCUAAUGCGGUUUAUUAGUCAAUUCAGUAAUAAUAAAACUCAGCAGGACAAAAUGGGGUAGAAAUGGAUCUUGAUCAAGUGUACAGGUUGGACAACUGCAAACCAGCAGCUCGUUUACAAUUGGCCAUUGAAAUUAAUGGAAACUAAUUUCCUCCUUCUCGGGCAGUCUCUCAGGGUUGUAGACAACUUGUUUCCAUUCCAGUUUUAUAGGUUUUGAGGCGACCAGAGAGCUGAGAGCUAUGCAGAGUCCACAGACUCUGCCACUGAUGGAGCAGGAGGUGUUUGAUGGGGUGGGCUAUUUGGGAGGUUCUGUUUUUUGUUUGGCCUCAUUGCACUCCCAUUGUAGAGACUCAAGGUUCUCAGUGCCUUCUUGGAUGUUCCUUCUCCAUUUUGAAUGACUUUAGGCCAAGGAUUCCCAAAAGUCAAUGACAGUAUUAUACUUUUUUCAAGGAAGCUUUGAGAAUAUCCUUGAAGCACUUUUUGUUGUUCCCCUGGAAGUAUCUUGACAAUGUGGAAUUCAGGAAUGCCUGUUUUGGGAGUCUGGGGUCAGGCAAGUAGUUGACGUGGCAUACAUGUAGAGGUUGGCUGACCGUAACUGGAGCUUCAACACUGGAAAUGUUGGCCUGAGAGAAGGUGAUGAUAUCGGUUCACUUAUUUUACCAAUGGAUAUGGAGGAUUUUUGCAGAAGCAUUGGUGGCACCUCUCCAGCGCUUUGAGCUGCCUGCUGUAGGUAGUCCAUGUCUGAAGCGUGCAAGAGGCCAGGGAUCAGUGCUGCCUGGUGGACCAUGUUUGAGGACUUGUUCAUCAAACGCUGAAACCUCUGCCAGCUCGCUGAAAGUGGUAGUGACUUUCAUUACUGAUGUCUGCAUCACUGGCUCCCUAGAAACAGAAUCUGAUCAGUUUUCCAGAGAUUCAUUGUGCAAACAAUCAUUAGAUUGGUGGUGAAUAUGAGGCUGUUUUAUUUUGUUGUGCCUGUUUUACAAUCCUCCCUCCCCCCCAACUCCAAACAAUUAUUUCACUUCCAUCUGGCAAUCCAGUAGUUUAAUUAUACAAGUGUAUUUAUUUAAUUGCCUGAUGUGCUUUGGUGAUGGGAUUUGAACUCAUGGCACUGAAUCCAGGAUGCAGGAAGCUAAUCCAUUAAUUGUUACAGGACCCUACAUUUGGCAAAGAUUGGAGACAUGAAGUUGGAUUGCUAGGAUCCCCUUGUAUAUUAAUCCUUCCAUCAGGGACUAAUUUAGAGUUUGUGGCAGUGUCAGCCUUGGGUCAGUGGGCAAUACUCCCAAUUUGAGUCAGAAGUCAUGAAAUCUGUGUGGAAAAUCUAAGUCAAUGCUCCAGUACAGUACUGAGGGACCACUUAGUUUAUUCUCUCAGCCUUUGUCGAUAACUUGUUUGGCUGUGAGAGAGCUCGCCCCUGCCCAUUUUAUUCUCCCUACUGACAAAGAGAAGAUUACUGUGAUAAAAGGGAGUGUGAGGUAGUGAGCUGGUUACUUGUGUCUGGCACUAACUUGGCUCAUUGUGAUCUCUUUGGAGAGGAUGUGCUGUAAAGCCGAGAGGUUUGUUGUCACUUGCUUUGACCAGUCAAUGAUUAUCAUCCACAAAAGGCCUUGGAGUAACACUGGGUAAACAUGAGCAUUAUUAUUCCUUUCAAAAUAAGUUUGUGAUAUUUAUUAUCUAACUGAAUAUCAUGUGUACAUACCAAUAUUUAUUUUAACACUGUAAAAUAUUUAAAAUAUUAGUUAAAAAGUGUGUUUUCCUUCUUGGUUUGCUGUUUGUGGAAUUCUUCAAUAUGAUUGGCUGCUCAGCCAGGUUGCUAGGCAUCAGGAAUCCUUUGAACUGCAGCCUGACGGGAACCAGAAUGUGGCAAUGGGAGAUCCAUACCACAGGAAUUACUGGAUCACUGGGGGUUGUUUCCUCUGUGGUCAGUGUUGAACUCACUGACCGCAGAUUCCAAGCUGGCAUGGUUUACUAGUGUACGUUGAGGGAUACAUAUUGGCACAGGGUACUGCUCUUUGAAAUACUGCCUUUGCAAACCCCACAGCCCUCCCUCAGCACUGCUCUCCCAACAAUGAGACGUUCCCUCACUACUGCCCCAUGGGCCUAAGACAAUGUGGCAUUCCCUCAGUACUGUCCCACUGUUUUGCUCAGGGAGACUUGAGACCCAUGGUCAUUCUGGAGAUAUUGUUGUGAAGAGGCUUUUGUUAUCCAUAUCGGAGAUGAGGGUGAUGCCAGCAUUUAUUGCCUGUCCCUGUUGACCUUUGAGAAAAUGGAGGCGAACCCUCUACUUAAACCUCUGCAGUCCUUCUGGCCAAGCUUCUCCCAGUGGCGUCGGGUUAGGAACUCCAGGAUUUUGACGCAGCGACAAAGAAGGAACGUCGUCAGAUGUUGGACACCCCGGUAGCUGAAGGCAUGGCCUCCCACGGCACAGUGAUUCAUUUCAGUGGUGUUCAAGGGACAGAGUCAGAGGAGGACAGAGGUGUUGCAGGUCCUUAGGUGCUGGAGCAGGAAGAGGGAGGGAUGGGACUGUGGAGAGAUUUGAAGGAUGAGUGGAUCCGCGGGUGAACGGGAUUUGGUAUGAAGGGCCAGCAGAAAUCAGAAGAAGAGCAAGGUCCAAUUAAUGAGUGUCAAACUGUGCCUGAGGACACAGGGAAAAGAUGAGCCCUCAUCUCAUUGAUGAAGUGUCUGGAGCGCUUUAAACAGGUUUCUGAACCAGAUGUUGUUCACAGAGGUGAUUUUCCCCCUUGGCGGUCCUUUAUCAAAUGUCACAUCCAUGAGAUGAAGCUUCACUCCUUUGAUGAUCCCACCAAUGCAACAUUGCCCCCAGCCAGGUGGGAACGCAGGCCUAGGAUACCUGUUGCUGGUCACGCACAUCAGAGGUGAUCGGCCGUGACGGUACAUGAUGCCCCAGAGCCAGGCCUUGCUGAGGAAUAACAUGAAGGCAGUGCAGUUACUCAGUGACAGCUCCACUGGUGUUAUUGGUAUUGGUAUUGGUUUAUUAUUGUCAAUUGUACCGAGGUACAGUGAAAAACUUGUCUUGCAUACCGAUCGUACAGGUCAAUUCAUUACAUAGUGCAGUUACAUUGAGUUAGUAAAGAGUUCAUUGAUGUAGUACAGGUAAAAACAAUAACAGUACAGAGUAAAGUGUCACAGCUACAGAGAAAGUGCAGUGCAAUAAGGUGCAAGGUCACAACAAGGUAGAUCGUGAGGUUAGAGUCCAUCUCAUCGUAUAAGGAAAUCGUUAAAUAGUCUUAUCACAGUCCAACCCAACCCAAAGAAAUGUUUCUUAUAGUAGGGCUAAUUCAAUGUGCUGUUGUAAAUACUUGAAGAAAUGAGUUAGUGGAACGUAGAUGUUACUCCCCUUCCUCUGUCCUAGUUUCCUCUCAGAAUCUCACUCUCCUAUCUGGUACUUUCCACUCGAUAUAUUUCACUUCAUUGGAAUUGGUUUAUUAUUGUCACAUGUACCAAGGUAUAGUGAAAAACUUGUCUAGCAUACCGUUCCUACAGAUCAAUUCAUUACACAGUGCAUUGAAGUAGUGCAAGGGAAAACAAUAACAGAAUGCAGAAUAAAGUGUUACAGUUACAGAGAAAGUGCAGUGCAGGCAGACAAUAAGGUGCAAGGGCCAUAACAAGGUAGAUUGUGAGUUCAAGAGUCCAUCUUAUUGUACGAAAGAACCAUUCAAUAGUCUUAUAACAGCGGGAUAGAAGCUGUCCUUGAGCCUGGUGGUAUGUGCUUUCAGACCUUUGUAUCUUCUGCCAGAUGGGAGAGGGGAGAAGAGAGAGUGUCUGGGGUAGGUGGGGUCUUUGAUGAUGCUGGCUGCUUUACCGAGGAAGCGAGAAGUGUAGGCAGUCCAUGGAGGGGAGGCUGGUUUCUGUGAUGCGCUGAGCUGUGUCCACAACUCUGCAGUUUCUUGUGGUCCCGAGCAGAGCAGUUGCUGUACCAACCUGUGAUGCAUCUGGAUAGGAUGCUUUCUAUGGUUAAUCCUUCCAGUGGUUCCUCCUGUACUCUUCUAGCCUCCCUCUGCGCCGUGUCUCCCUUCCCUCUGCGCCAUGUCCCCCUCCCUGUGCAUCUUGCCCCCUCCCUGUGCAUCUUGCCCCCUCCCUGUGCAUCUUGCCCCCUCCCUGUGCGUUUGCUCUUUCACUGAUGCCAUUCUGUUGCACUGAAAAGCAGGGCAGUUCUUGCAUUUUCCUGGGGCCAGUAUUUAUCACUCAACAACCAGCAGUAAAACAGUUUAUCUGGUCAUGAUCACAUUAUGUUUGUGGGAUCUUACCUGCAGAUUGACUGCCAUGUGUACUACAUUUUAACAGUGACUGUACUUCAAAAGUUUAUGAAGUGCUUUAGGGUGUCCUGAGAGGUGUCAUAGUACUGACUGUACCACUAUAUUAAGUUCCUUCUAUAUAUUCAGUCUGUUCUAAUGUUUGCUGCAAAUUCAGUCUAAUUCCUGUGGUCAGUUGGUACCCUUCACAUUGGCCAGGAGCUGAGCAGAACGAGGGCUGAUUUGAUUGAGGCACAGAAGACCUUGAGAAGGGACUGUGAGGCUGCUUCCUCAGGGUGAAGGGCCUGCAACCAGAGGUCAUAGUCUCAGGAUAAGGGCUUGGCCAUUUUCAGUGGAAAUGAGGAGAAAUCUCUUCACUCAGACUGUCGAGGAUCUAUGGAAUUCUCUUGCCAGAGAGUCGUGGAGCCCAGUCAUGGCUCAUCGAUGGAUUUUGGGCUGUUAGUGAGUGGUGGGGGAAAGCAGUGGCCAUGAUCUUAUUGAACGACAGAACUGAGAUGAGGGGCCAAAUGGCCUCCUGCUCCUCUUUCUCCCGCCACUUCCCCUCACUGGUCAGGGAGCCGCAGCUGGGUGGCAACACCCAACCUCUCUUAAGUUGCAUUAAAUUUGGGGGGUCCAAGGUAAGGUGGGGAAGGCCCAGUGACUGAGAUGACUCGUCAGGUGACGUGUGUGGGAUUGAAGAGCUUUGCUCUGAACAACCCUGAUUGGGAUUUUUGGCCUGAGAGAUCAACUGCCGGUUUCUGGAAUGUUCUAUUUCUGUGUGCGUUUAGUUUGGUAGGAUUGUGGAAGGUGCAGAGUUUGUAAGGGUGGUAGAAGAAGGUGUAAAAUACGCCAAAUUUCAUGGAGAUGGGGGGAACAUGAUUAGAAAUUGGGGAGUAGUGAAAAGUCUGUGGUUGCUUUGAGAGAGAUUUUAUAUUGGGUUUGAUGAUAUCAGCCCCCUGUACAAAUUAUUACAAUUUAGUGGCAAAAUUCUAUUUAAAGGACCAAUUACUUUAGACGUAGAGUGGCUCUACAAUCACUGUUCUAUACUGAUGAUAUCUCCUGGUUUUGAUGUAUUUGUAUAACGUGGCUAUUUGAUAAUUCUCACUGCUCUAUUUUCUUCCUGUACGUGUUCAAAUGCUGUAGUUUUUUUUACAAUAAAGUUUUUGAAAUGGGGUGAAAAAUCA